AUGCACGAGACGAAAAGGGCAGUGUCCCAAGGGGCGGCGCUGCUCGUUGUCCCCGAGCAGUUUUUCCACGCCGUGAUGCGCCAGGCGCCCAGCGGCCUUGAAAUGCUGUUUGCGCGCAUGGUGGGGGUGGCUAUGGUCUAUAAGGCAGCUCUUGCACACAUCCUCAAGGGCGCCGCAGAGGCGGACCGGCUGGGCGCCACCACGGCGCAGCGCAUCAUGCUGGGGUUCCUGCUCAGAGGCAUCUCAAACCUCAUGGCCUUCAGACAGAUUGCGUCCUGCUGGGCUGCCUUCCAGUACCCCGUUGUGCUGUUCCUCUUCCCCUCACUGCUGCUGUUCAGCUUUGGCGUGAACCUGCUGGCCUUUGAACCCUACAACCCCUUCUUUCUGGCCAAGCUGCUGUUCCCGGUCGGGGUUGGCUUGCUCCUUGGGCUCCUCAUCCCGCAGCCUGCCGCCGCUGGGCCCGCUGGCUUCCACGCAGACGCCCCCACAUGGCUCAAAACCGGCGUGCUCGCAGGCGCGCUCCCCUCCAAGAUGGCCAGCCGUGCGGCCGGCGUGGCGAAGGUGGGCGUCAAGGCAGCGAACAAAAUCGCGCCCCGCUGGAUGAGGACCCAGAUCAUCAACAAGUCGUACGCCAUCGCGAUGCCAAAGGAGGCUGGGCCGGGACUCGCGAAGACCAUCACCCGCAAGGUGUCUGGCCUCACCCUGGGCUGCACAGCAGGCCUCUGA